CCUGGACUCGACUCGCAUUCAUGCUUCUCGAAUUGAGCUCAAAAAUAGGCUUCACAAACACGUUUCCAGACUUAGCCAUUUCUAGGCAGUUUCCCAGUUUUGGCAUAGCCUUUUGAUGAGGUUCAAAAAUGGUCUUCUGGACUUCCUAUCGAGCUCUCAAUCACUUCAAUAUGUAGAGGGACACUCCAGCUUCAAAACAAGUCCUUAGUCUUCAAUUUCCAUCUAGCCAAUUGUAUGAUAUGAAUAUCCAAAGUAGGCACCAUGAACUGUUUUUACACUGAAACAACAUAUUAGGUCGACCGGAUCCUAUAUGAGGUCGACCGAAUCCUAAAUGAGGUCGACCGGAUCCUAUAUGAGGUCGACCGAAUUCUAUGUGAGGUCGACCUAAUCCUAACUGAGGUCGACCGGAAAGUGCAAGUCACCGUGACAUGCAUGUCACCGUAGGCACACCCUAAAGGUUGAUAUGAUUAUAUUGUUAUUUUAGAGUUUUUUAGUAUCUGGUUCUCUCCGUCUGCGCAAAUCUUUAGUUUCAUUGAUUCUAUCUCCAGUGACCAGUGUGGUUAAACAAAGAUUAACAAAUUGGAUAAUUUUGGUUUAGAUCUAUCCUAAAGAAUGUGGAAUUGUGGAUCAUCCUUUGUUUGACAAAGCAGAAUGAGGUCAAAUUUCACUAAAUUUCAUCCUAUACACAAACCCCUGGCGCGUAAGAGUCGUAAUAGAGAAAGCCCAAAUUAUAAAAAUACACCAGGCCUGGCUCGGCUUAGAGAAAGCACAAACGUAAAGCGAUAUAGACAUUGGAUAUGCAAUUUGGUGUCCAGUCCAGCCCAUGGAGAACUUCCUCUUUCCAGCCAUCCGGACCUAUAAAUAGCAGGCAAGAAUUGGCGGGAGAGGGCAGAAACCAGUGUCAGUCACUAAUUCUUACUCCACUUCGAAAAUUCGAAAAUGGAGAACUCGGGAGAAAAAGCUCAGCCGUGCUGGCGCAAGCAAGUGGACGACAACCUCAAGCGCCUUCACUCCCUCCAAUUCGGCGCCGAUCAGGCACUGGAGAAGGGCGAUUCCUCCACCGCCUACGUGCUCGGUCUCCGCCUCCUCGGCUUCCUCGACUCGCACUCUCUCACCGACGUCGACGAAGCUCUUACUCGCCCCAUCCGCCGCGAAGCCCUCUCCAAGCUCGACGCCGCUCGCCGAGCUUUCGUUCCUGAAUCCGACCGGCGAGCGUUUGAGCGAGCAGAUACAGCUCCUGGAAAAGUAUUUGGCAAGAAGAUUGACAUUGACGUAGAGAAGAUUAAGAAGUCGAAAUACUUCCGAGCUCUUGUUCAACAACAGAACAUCAAGCAUCCAUCAGAUCUGGGAAACCAGCUGGAUAAGCAGCAAAACCCCAGCUGCAAGCCUGCAAAAGUUUCAGGGCAGGCUAAGUUAACAUCACUGUAUGGGAAUAAUGUCACAAAGGCCUAUGGCCGCUUACAACGAGGUUCUUCUGUUCCCAAAAGUAACUCGAAUGUGGAUUGCAUGAUAGUGAAAACUACCCAGUAUACUAAUCCUAGAAGUAAUGGUGGUCAGUCAAACUAUGGGAAAGCUGACGAGAGAGAAAAGGGUUAUGGAAAUUCAACGGGGUCUAAGCGUUCGUUCAUGGAGAUUAAUAGCCCUAGAAAUGACAUUCCAAAGUCGCCAUCAUGUGAUGAGGAUUCAAAUGUGGAUGGUUCUAGCAAGGGAUUUGUAACUGCAAGGGCAAAGCUGGAAAUGGAUGCAAGGCAAAAGCAAGGGUUGACAGGAUCACCAAGUGCAUCCUUCUCCCCACAGAGCAACGUCAUGAACCGAGGUUAUGGUGCACGAUCUUAUGGGCAUUCAAACCGUGGAAUCCGUGGAAAUUUUGUUCCUCCAAUUAAAUCAAAUGGGGGAUAUAAUCCUGGAAAUGUGAUUGGACUUCAAGGAAAGAACGAUGACUCAACAAGGAGAUGUAUGGAAUUGCUAUGUGGUCCAGAUGGCGAGCUUCCUGAAAAGUUGAGGAACUUGGAACCAAGUCUUAUUGAGCAUGUCAGCAAUGAAAUUAUGGAGAGGGAUCCUAAUGUUCGGUGGGAUGAUAUUGCUGGAUUGGAUCAUGCUAAAAAGUGUGUUACUGAAAUGGUGAUUUGGCCACUGCUGCGACCUGACAUAUUUAAAGGCUGUCGCUCUCCAGGAAGAGGUCUUCUUCUAUUCGGUCCACCGGGGACUGGGAAGACAAUGAUUGGGAAAGCCAUAGCUGGGGAGGCAAAAGCAACUUUUUUCUCCAUAUCCGCCAGUUCUUUAACCAGCAAAUGGCUUGGCGAGGGUGAAAAGCUGGUGAGGGCCCUAUUUGGUGUUGCCUCUUGUCGUCAGCCAGCUGUAAUUUUUGUCGAUGAGAUAGAUUCACUUUUGUCCCAGCGCAAGUCUGAAGGUGAACACGAAGCUAGUAGACGUCUGAAAACGCAGUUUCUUAUCGAGAUGGAAGGAUUUGACAGUGGUAACGAGCAGAUUCUGCUGAUAGGGGCAACAAAUCGGCCUCAUGAACUGGAUGAAGCAGCAAGGAGGCGACUCACGAAAAGACUCUACAUCCCCUUACCGUCAUCAGAAGCAAGAGCCUGGAUAGUACGUAACCUAUUACAGAAAGAUGGAUUGUUCAAGCUGUCACAGGAAGAAAUGGACACCAUCUGCAAUCUCACUGAAGGAUACUCGGGUUCAGACAUGAAAAAUUUAGUGAAAGAUGCAUCAAUGGGGCCCCUUAGGGAAGCUCUUAAACAAGGAAUAGAAAUUACUAAGCUGCAAAAGGAGGACUUGCGGCCCGUUACUCUUCAGGACUUUGAAAAUGCAUUACAAGAAGUAAGGCCCUCUGUUUCACUGAAUGAGUUGGGCGUCUACGAGACAUGGAAUAAACAAUUUGGAAGCUUAGCCCUGUAAUUCAGGUACGCUUCCUUCAUCCAAGUGCCCUCCCCAUCGGAGUGUGAUUAACUCAAGCAGUCUUACCAGCCGAUUGGACUGUAAAAACCACCUAUAAUCAUUUAGACUGCAUAACACACAAAUAUUAUGAAAUUUUUACUCUUAGUUAAGUUAGUAGUAGUCUUAUUAUUAGUUUCUUUUUCAUCCCACAUUUUCCAAAUUGUAUUUGGAUGAUUUAGAAUUUAGAAUGAUAAAAGACUUAUUCAGGAAAAAGUUAUGGCACUUGAAGUUGAAUGAUUGAGAUAAAGCUGGUGGGCUUUGUCCUUUCAUACUAGAAUACGAAAAAGUUGAGUUUGAUCGAAAGUGCCUUUUCAUUUUAAAGAGGUUACUAAAUUCUUUUAAAUUGCUAACAGAGUAUUAUAUAAACAUGAAUGUUGAGUAUUGCGUAUAUAUUUUAGUCUUCUACAUAUAUUAUUAUUAUGGUCGAUUCCUCUUAUAAGAUUGUCUUUGAUGCUGAUAUAUCAGGUAGUGUUGGAAAUAUUAUCUUUCUUUUCAAUUAGUCUGCUUUUUAGAUUUUAUCUCCCUUCAAAUUUUCAUGAUCCUAACGAGAUUAAAAUUGUAAAGAGAAGAUCUAAUUUUCACGCUAUUAAUAUAUUUGAAUAAAUUUUUUAAUCAAUACACUAAAACCAAAUAAACGACGGUACAAAAAUGUAUUUGGUAUUGAUGACUAAACUGUCAUGGACUAGCAUAUAUGAAUAAAAUUGUGACCUUCAUAAUUAUGAAGAUCGUUUGUGCCCAGAUCAAGGACUGAUCUUAGUUUGGACAAGACCGGAUCAAUAACUUUGAAGAGAUGUGAUCUGAUGGACCAUGUCCACGCCCACGUUUAUUUUUUAAUCUAACCACGAGUCUUGUUUUCGAGUUCUGGAGUUGGGACAGUAUGUAGGGCACUGAAUAAACAAAUAAACAAAGACUGACUUGACUGAGACUGUUUCUCCCCAGAAGUUUCCUCGUGUUUGUUUGGCCAUUAAAGCACCAAUUUGCUCCUCCAAUCCCAUGUGAGGCAAUAAUAAUAAGUCACCUAGGCUAUGUCCCAAAGCAUGCAUCUUCUCCUUUCAUUUCUCGACCCAAUAAAUUUUAGAUCACCGUCUAGGCUUUUCAUCAUUGAUAACAUUGUUUAUGGUUGGUAUACAUGAUUUGAUUUAGUUCAAAAUCUUACAUAUAGAAAUGGAUAUCAAUCGGGUCGUAAAUAAAAAAAUAUUUGGUGAAAUUAUUCAAAAUUAGAUCGACAAGACAUUUGACUCAUUUCAAUUUUAUCUAACUUUCAUUCAAUUAGAUUUAAAUGUAAACUCAUAAAACACAACAAAAGUUAGGAACAAUG